UACCAUAUUUCUCCAUUUCCACAAGCUCAAAAUUUUGAAAAUCCAAUUUUUUCCUUUUUUUUCUUUUUUUCUUUUUUUUUUUUUUUUUUCCCCAAUCCCCAACAAACACACCAUGUCAAGUAGCACAGUUUGGAGCAAAGAAGAAGAAAAAGCCUUUGAAAACGCUAUAGCCAUGCAUUGGAUAGAAGAUGAGAAGGAGUCCAAAGAACAGUGGGAAAAGAUUGCUUCCAUGGUUCCAAACAAGAACUUGGAAGAACUUAAACAACACUAUCAAAUGCUUGUUGAUGAUGUAAAUGCAAUUGAAGCUGGACAUAUACCCGUUCCAAACUACGUUGGAGACGAAACCUUUUCUUUAAACAAGGAUUCUCAUGGCUCUUCUGGCUCCGCAGCUUCAGAAAAGAGGUUGAAUUGUGGCCAUGGAAGUGGGUUUUCUGGUUUGGGUCAAGACCCAUCUGGGCAUGGAGGUAAAGGAGGAUCAAGGUCAGACCAGGAGAGAAGGAAAGGUAUUCCAUGGACAGAAGAAGAGCACAGGUUGUUUCUACUUGGUCUUGAGAAGUUUGGCAAAGGGGAUUGGAGAAGUAUUUCAAGAAACUUUGUCAUUUCCAGGACUCCUACACAAGUUGCAAGCCACGCUCAGAAAUACUUCAUUCGUUUGAACUCAAUGAACAGAGAUAGGAGAAGAUCUAGUAUCCAUGACAUUACCAGUGUGAACAAUGCAGAUGUCACACCUCACCAAGCACCAAUCACCGGCCAACAGACGACCGCCAACCCAUCAAGUGCAGGCGCCGCCAUAGCACCUCCGGUGAAGCAUAGAGGUCAGCCACAUAUGCCGGGCAUAGGCAUGUAUGGAGCUCCACUAGGACAUCCGGUUGCAGCUCCUCCAGGGCAUAUGGGAUCCGCUUUAGGGACUCCGGUUAUGCUGCCGCCGGGACACCAUCCCCAUCCUCAUCCUCCCUAUGUCGUCCCAGUUGCUUAUCCAAUGGCACCGCCAACAAUGCAUCAAUAACAAUUCCUCUCUUUAGCUCUUAUCAAACUUGCAAAAAUCUUCAACGGAUGGUGAAAGGAGACAAUUAUUUUACAAGGAAGAUUCACUGGAAUGGAUUUAAGAAUUCUAUUAUGGUAAAGGUUAACCAUGUUUAUUAGUUUCUUCCAUAUUGUACAUACACCAGCAUAGAGAUUUUUCUUUACUUGUACCCUC